GGGGAGGGCGGGCGGCGCCGGGGGGGCUCCCGCGAGCUGAGCUGCGCCCCUGCCCCGGCCCCGGCCAUGCCCCCCCCGGCCGCCGCUGAGCCCGCUCGCCCCGCGCCCCGCGCCGCAUGCCCCCGCGCUCCAUGAUGACUAUGAGCUCCAUGGCUGAGAGCCUGCUGGGGCCGGGGCCCUCCAAGUCCGCCUUCCUGGAGUUUGGGCACCCGCCGUCUCCCCACCACCAGCACCAGCACCAGCAGCCGCAGCACUCCCCCGGCCUGGCCCCCAGCCACUACCCACUCCAAGCCGGGCACCCCCAGCACGAGCCGGGGCCCUUCGCCUCCUACGGACGAGCUGUGGCGUACCCCUACCCCGGCGCGCCGGGCAGCGCCCACCACCACCCGCACCACGGCAGCCCCUACCUGCCCUACCAGCACCCCGGCGGGCAGCAGCACGCCAGCCCCCUGAGCCACGGCGGCAGGCUGGCAGACGCAGGAGGCUCCGUGCCCUCGCAGCCCUCCGCUGCUUCUGCUUACUUCUCUGUCCAAUUCGAAGUCGCUUCCACCCGCGGAUCACUCCUAGAAACCCCUCCUCGCCUCCCACAUCGCACAGAUCGCGAUUCCCUGGCAGAGCACGAGAAGGCGGCGGUGAUCGAGAACGGCGAGAUCCGCCUCAACGGCAAAGGCAAGAAGAUCCGCAAGCCCCGCACCAUCUACUCCAGCCUGCAGCUCCAGGCGCUCAACCAGCGCUUCCAGCAGACGCAGUACCUGGCCCUGCCCGAGCGAGCCGAGCUGGCCGCGCAGCUGGGCCUCACACAGACCCAGGUGAAGAUCUGGUUCCAGAACAAGCGCUCCAAGUACAAGAAGAUCAUGAAGCAGGGCUCCAGCGUGCAGGAGGGCGAGCACAUGCACGGCUCCUCGCUGUCCCCCUGCUCCCCCGGCCUGCCCCCGCUCUGGGACGUCUCCAUGGCGGGCAAAGGCGGCCCCCCGCUCCCGCCCGGCGGCUACAUCAACAGCUUCGGCCCUUGGUACCAGCCGCACCCGCAGGACGCGCUGCCCAGGCCGCCCAUGAUGUGACAGCCCCGGCCCGCGCCGCACGGACCCGAUCCGCGGAGCCGCCUGCCCUGUUCGCAGCGGGCAGGGAGAAGAGCGGACGCUCCCCUGGUCGGGGCCCCGCCAGGACCUCCCUAGGCGCCGGGGCCGAGAAGGAAGGGGGCACCCCCGCCCCGGAGGGAGCCGCGGCUUCGCCCCCCAUCCCCGCCGGGCAUGGAAGGACCAGGGGGCUGGAUCCCCAGCUGGUGUAAGGCCCAGGGAGCCAGGACCGCUUACACACGCUAAAGGGGUGUAAGGACACCCCCGCCACACACACAAGAUACAAAGAACACAGACACACAGAUGCAGAGACGGACACACACACAGAUAUGCACACACACGGAAGCACUAAAGGCACAGACACACACACGUGCAGACACGGGCACAUACACAGAUGCAGACACACACACAUGCAAAGACAGACAGGCAGGUGGACAGACACGUGAGCUAGACAGUGGAUCGCAACUGGGCAAAGGGUGCGGCGGUGCCAGCCCGCAGGGGGCGGACACGAGCAGCCCGAGAGUCUCCAACAGUAGCCCCCGAGUCAAAGCCGCUGGGCGCUGCGGCCCUUCCGGAGCUCCUGGCGCGGGGAGCGUCGCUCUCCCGGGUCCCUGCUGUCACCAACCGAGUGACAGCCACGACCUGGCAACUCCGAGGGUGACCCCGUUGUGCCCGGGGUGCCUGGAGACCGCCCAGCCGGAGCCCGCUGCUCCGAGGCUUUGCUUUUUGUUUUUUCUAGGAGCUCUCUGCAAUAUUACACCCCUUCCCCGCCGUGCAGGGAGCUCCUCCGAGAGCCCCGCGCCGCUCAGUAGCUGGGGGCCCCCACAGGCGCGUCUCUGUCCCGUGGCUCCAUCCCCGCUGCGUGCAGGUGGGUCCCGCUUCCCCCGCACCCAUCGCGGCUGUGCCUGUGCGUGUGUGCGCGCGCGUGUCUGUACUGGGGUGUGCAUAUGUGUGCGCGCGCGUGUGCCUGUGUCUGUGCACGUGUAUAUGUGUCUGUCCUGGUGUGUAUGUGUGUGCAUGCGUGUGCGUGUGUCUGUACUGGGGUGUGCGUAUAUGUGUGCGUAUCUGUGCGUGUGUGUGUGUCUGUACUGGGGUGUGCGUAUAUGUGUGUGAUUGUGUAUCUGUGCGUGCGGGUGUGUAUGGCUGUACUGGGGUGUGCGUAUGCCUGUGUAUCUGCGUGUGCACGUGUCUUUGUGUCUAUUGGCGUGUGUGUGUGGCUGUACUGGGGUGUGCGUAUGUGUGUGUGCGUGUGCACGUGUGUGUCUGUACUGGGGAGUGCGUAUGUAUGUGUCUGUGCAAGAGUGUGUGUGGGCGCACGUGUGUGUGUCUGUAUUGGGGUGUGCGCAUAUAUGUGUGUGUGCGUGUGUGUGUGUGCGUGUGAAGUGCUUUAAUACCAGGAUUAUGUUUACAGGGAGUGAUCUGAAAGAGCACGAGGAAUGUAUCCCCCCCGGUCGUUUUGAAGGCAUGUUUCCCUCCCCCACGGAAAGGCAGAGGGCGGCUCCUUCCCGCCGCCAAGCCCCGGGCAUUUCUUUCGGGGAGAAUUGGCGAUCGGACUGCCCCUCCCCCCCCGGCACGGACCCCCCCGGGCUCCCCCCGCCAGGCCGCGGCUGCCCCUGCCAGCCUUAUUUAUGAAGAGCGCCGCUCUCUCCGGCCAGGAUGUACAGCUGUACAGUGCACAGCGUCCCUUCCCUGUUCUUUUUUACGCGUGUUUUAUACCAGGCCCGCUCCGAUGCCGCUUGCGUUCUCGUGAAGGAAGAUCGCACCCCCUAGGAGGUGCCAGGCGGCGGGGGUCCUCUAUCCGGGGUUGCAAAAUAAGUGUCUCAAUUUUUGUUUAACCAAAAGGAGCAUUGCAAGGAGCCCGGCCCGGCGCCGCGCGUGGAGCUAAGGGCUGCGGUUUGGGGUUGGAUUUUUUUUUUAGUAUCAUCAUUAAAAAGCAAACGAGUGGUUUCCAA